AAACGGAAGAAGACACUCCGUAACAGGAUACAGUACAUGUAUAUAUAUAUCUACAAUGGAAGCUUUUAAACGUCUCUCUUCAGUGGUUCGAGUUUGUCACAGGCACCACUAGUGUAACAGGAAGCAGAGAUAUGCAUCAUGGGCAGACCUGGAUUUAAAACCUGGGAUCUCCAAACGCUAUACAGGUCGACACUCUAACCGACUGAACUAACCAGUCACCAGCAAUCACCCAGAUGGCAGAUGAGAUUUUGAUGGUAGAACCAUUUUAUGGAGGCUCUCAUCGGCAGCUGAUUGACCUUCUGCAUUCACACUUCACAGAAUCUGUCAAAGUAACCAUGACCGCAAAGAAAUGGCACUGGAGGGCUCGUACAUCCGCUCUUCAUCUCAGUCAGGAGAUACCGUACUCCAGUAACUAUAGGGUAUUAUUUGCAAGUAGUGUAUUAAACUUGGCUGAGUUGGUAGCCCUGCGUCCAGAUCUGUCUGGUCUGAGAAAAAUUCUUUACUUCCAUGAAAAUCAGCUUGUCUACCCUGUCCAGAAAAAGAUGCAGCGAGACUUUCAGUACCCCUAUAAUCAAAUACUAUCCUGCUUAGUUGCUGAUAAAGUUGUUUUUAACUCCCAGUUCAAUAUGGACAGUUUUUUAUCAUCCAUAAAUAAAACACUAAAAACAAUUCCAGAUUAUCGACCAAAAGGUCUUCCGGAGAAGAUUCGACCCAAGUGUCAGGUUUUAUACUUUCCCUUAGACCUACCUCCAAGAGAAAAGUUUAUUCACACUCAUCAGAACAAACCAACUUUUACAUCUAUUGAUGAGAGCAGAAAGGAAGAAGAGGAGAAUUCAUCAUGUAAUCCUGAUGUAAAAACUAGGACUUGUUUAGGAGAUAAGUUUGAGGAUUGUGGCUCAAAGGACGUCAAGUGUGAUAUGCCUGUGCAUUCUAUUGAGGAUGGAAAUCCUUCUGAUGAGAGGUCAUGUCCACCAGAUGCCAAGCGGCGGAAGACAGGACCUCUCCAUAUUGUUUGGGCACAUAGAUGGGAGCAUGACAAGGACCCAGAGACAUUCUUCAAUGCGCUGUUCCAGCUGCAGGAAGCAGGACUAAAUUUCAGGGUUUCUGUGAUGGGAGAACAGUUUACUGACAAUCCAGAGAUAUUUUCUGUCGCUAAGGAACGCCUGGCAUCACACAUUGUAGCUUGGGGAUACCAGGAGAAGAAGGAAGAUUUUUACAGAAUAUUGUCAGAGGCUGAUGUGGCAGUGUCAACAGCUUUGCACGAGUUCUAUGGUGUUUCUAUGCUGGAGGCUGUGUACUUUGGUUGUUAUCCACUCUGUCCAAACAGGCUUGUAUAUCCAGAGAUAUUCCCUAAGACUUACCUGUUCAACACACCAGCUCAGUUAUUGAAGAAAUUAAAGAGAAUGUGUACAGUACCUGAUGAAACAAGGCGUCACUCCAUACAGGUGCCAAUGGACAGGUACCUGUGGCAGAACUGUGCUGAAGACUUCUAUGCCUUAUUUAAAGUGAAUCAGAGACAGUAGGAAUUAGGACAGACAUAAAAAAAGAAUCAAUGUUGGUGUUGAAUGUACAAUAGAUUAAAAGAUAGAAUCUAUAUGUAAUGGAAAGUUAUUCAUUGAGGAUUUUUGGGCUCCUGCCCUUCAUCUUGAUGAAGAUCGAGAGUACCUUUCUACAAGUUUUUUAAAGAUCUGUUUCUCUUAGGUGACAUUUUAAAGUUAUUGCUAUAUAAUGGUUUGGUUGAAUCCCAUAUAUAUUUCAAGAGUAUGGAAGAAUUUUCUAAUAUUUUUUACGAGUGUGACGAAUGAGUGAAAAUUUGUAUAUUCUACUAUAAUUAUUUUUUCUUUGUUUUCAUAACAAAUACUCUUAUCUGAUCGGUGGAAUAUUAAUUUCUUUAUUUUAUGAAAGAAAUAGAAAUAAGCCACUCCCACCAGAACUACUUUCGCUGUCGGAAACUUCAAAAGAAAAUUAUCAAAGAACUCCGGUGCCCUUUGAUCUUUGGUAGAUUCCGUUGGAUUUACAGAAGUUUACAUGUCACAAUAUGUAUUGAAUAAUAACAAAUUAUGAAACUAAAAUUUUAAAAUUGGGGAAAAAAUACCUGUAACUAUUAUAACAAUAAAAAAAAAAGAUGUUUAUCAAUAUUUUGAUAUUGUUUGCUUUCUAACCAAUGAGUUAUCAACAAUGGCAGACAUACCAUACUUUGAUUUAGGAAAAAACGACGAAAUAUUGAAUUUUGAUGGAGUUAAUGAGGCUGAACAACAGUUGAUGGAAAAUGAAGACCCAAACAAUGUUUUGGUUAAUUAUUUGAAAUCAAUCUGCCUAUGUCAACGCCGUCAUUGCCGGCACAAUCCAAGGCCCAAAUGGCAAAAGCCAUAGAUAUGUUUGUUUGUUUGUU